CCCUUCUCAGCUCUAUAUAAAUCUUCACACCCUUCUCCCCUCCAUUACCAUCUCUCCAUAUUUUCCUUCUCUCUCUCGUCCUCUAAUCUUCUUGUUGUUUGGUAUUGCUCUUAUAUGCAGCUCACACAGUGGCUAGCACUAAGAAAUUCCAAAUGGGAAAGGAAGAACAGCGAGAAACAGAAGCAAUUGAGAUGAAGUUGAGAAGAGCGGGCAGCAUGAAACUAGACAGAGACUCAUGUUGCGAAUGCACUAUGGAUGGGUCCGUGGAUUUCAGGGGGAGGCCUGCAAGCAAAAAGAGGACUGGUGGAUGGCUAACUGGGCUUUUGUUGCUUGUAAAUCAGGGCCUAGCAACGUUAGCGUUUUUUGGAGUCGGCGUGAACCUAGUCCUUUUCCUAACAAGGGUGCUAGAGCAGAACAAUGCAGAUGCAGCCAAUGACGUUAGCAAAUGGACAGGCACGGUCUACAUCUGCUCCCUCAUUGGUGCCUUCCUCAGUGAUUCCUACUGGGGGAGAUACAAGACGUGUGCCAUAUUCCAAGCUAUCUUCGUACUUGGUCUAUCAUUGCUAUCCUUGUCAUCUUACCGCUUCUUGCUCAAACCCUCUGGAUGUGGUGAUGCCCACACAGCAUGCGGGCCCCAUUCGAAAAUUGUGAUUGGUUUGUUCUACUUCUCAAUCUACCUUGUCGCCUUGGGGAAUGGAGGAUACCAGCCAAACAUAGCCACAUUUGGUGCUGACCAGUUUGAUGAGGAGGACCCGAGGGAAGCUCCCUCCAAGAUCUCCUUCUUCAGUUACUUCUAUCUAGCCCUCAACUUGGGCUCCCUUUUCUCCAAUACCUUCUUGGGCUACUUUGAGAAUGAGGGAAUGUGGGCCUUGGGCUUCUGCGCCUCCACAGGCUCGGCCUUUCUUGCCCUUCUCUUGUUCUUGGCUGGUACAAACAGAUACAGACACUUUCAGCCGGUUGGCAACCCCCUUUCCCGGGUGUGCCAGGUGGUUGUAGCGGCCUCUAGGAAAUCGAAGGCAAAGAUUCCUCCUGGCGAUGCUCAAUUUUAUGAGGUGGUUGGACGGGAACUUGACUACGGAAGUCGAAAGCUCCUUCACACUAAAGGAUUCAAGUUCCUGGACCGAGCUGCACUCAUCGACUCUAAUGAUGAUGGUUUUGACCUAAAUGAACAGAAAAAUCCCUGGCAGGUCUGCACAGUAACCCAGGUUGAAGAAGUCAAAUGUGUGCUUCGGCUCCUCCCAAUUUGGCUCUGCACCAUUCUCUACUCCGUGGUCUUCACCCAGAUGGCCUCCCUUUUCGUCGAGCAGGGCGCAGUGAUGAACACAUCCGUUGCAGGUUUCCAAAUCCCUGCAGCAAGCAUGUCAGCCUUUGACAUUCUUAGUGUUGCAUCCUUCAUCUUUUUCUAUCGCAACAUCCUCCAUCCGCUUGUCUGCAGCCUACGAAAGGACUCCAAGGGUCUCACUGAAAUCCAGAGAAUGGGAAUAGGGCUCCUAAUUGCUGUGGCAGAAAACUUGUGUGUAAAGGUUGACCGCGAUGUUCCUAGCAGUCUAAGCAUCUUUUGGCAAAUCCCUCAGUAUGUACUGAUUGGGGCCUCUGAGGUGUUCAUGUAUGUAGGUCAGCUAGAGUUCUUCAAUUCUCAGACACCAGAUGGGCUGAAAAGCUUCGGGAGCGCUCUUUGCAUGACAUCAAUCUCUCUAGGGAACUAUGUGAGCAGUUUAAUCGUGUCGAUAGUAAUGGAUAUCACGGCAAAGGGGCACCAGCUUGGAUGGAUACCGAGAAAUCUCAACAAGGGGCAUAUGGACAGGUUCUACUUCUUGCUUGCAGCACUAACCAGUGUAAACUUCCUGGUGUACUUGGUUUGUGCUAGACAGUACAAGUGCAUCAAGUUAGAGGGGAAGUUCAACGAAGAAGAAGAUAAUGAAGAUGAGGAAUACAGUGUGUAAUAAGGGUGCUCCUACAGAGAAGAAGAGGCCACGUAGUUGAGCCUCUUCCUAUUUUGUGUGACCCGAUACUGACCUUGAUGCAAAAGGGCGUCAUUGAUACAGGGAUCAUGAAAGGAUUGGACUAGGGAAGUGCUUCACAUAGUGAAUUGAAUUGUACGGAAAAGCGCAACCCUUGGUGAAUCUUUCUAAUUGGAAGUAAUGUACAAGCUUUAGCAAUUGUCUUUGUA